GACUCAGAGAGGAGAGAGGGGCGGGAUGGGAGAAGAAGACGCACCCCCAUAGAAACUUCUGGUGGGUGAUCGCAAGCUGCUGAGUCAUUUAGAAUUAAUAUGGCGAGCGAAAACUACGUGGGUGAACUGAACCAAUAUGCACAAAAGCACCGUGUCCCGCUGCAGAUCGAGUAUCUUGGCUCCGAUGGACCCGAUCACAAUAAAACGUUUAGAUGGAGGGUAACCCUCGAUGGUAAAACUUAUCCUGUAGGUGAGGGGAAAACAAAGAUGGAAGCCAAACAAGACGCAGCUGAAAAGGCCUGGAAGCGCCUGUCAAAGGGUGACGAUCAGGACUCUGUUGACUCUGACCAAAAUGCAACAGCAGCUUCUGCACCGGGUCAUCGGGAUAGUUUGAACUACAUCUGCUGUCUCAACCAGUACGGCCAGAUUAACGGGGUGAAUAUAAGGCCUGAAGAAACCACCAGACCAGAGCGCCAUGGGACAACUUAUUACUGCAGGUUUGUGGUUGGUGACAAGGAGUACCCAAUGGCGUCUGGGAAAACAAGUAGGCAAGCUAAGGAAGCUGCAGCUAGGCUGGUUUAUGAAGAGAUACAUGGCAGUCAGUCUUCAGAGACUACAGAAGAGAAUUCCAACCACGUGUCAGGACAGCAUAACGCAGAAUUUCAACCUAAGCUUUCUGAUGUCUGUAACAGCACAAGAAGCCUGAGCUUGAACUCCUCAGACAGUGGCUUAAAAGAGAAAGAGAUAAAUUAUAUUGGAAUUGUCAACCAUUACUGUCAGAAAACUGGAAUUGAAUGUGCGUAUAUUGAAGUUGGGAGAAGUGGUCCGCCCCAUAACCUCCGGUUUUUCUUCAAAUUAAAGAUUAACAAUAAAGAAUAUGAUGCGGCUGAAGGUACUAGUAAAAAGGAGGCCCAACAAAAAGCAGCUCGGCUGGCCUGGUCAGCGCUUCAAGAACAAUCCGACUGGGACAGUAAGGUGUCUUUAAGGUCAGUCGAAUCAGAAGACGAUGGACCGUCUGAAUCUUCAGGACCAUCAACCACACUGGAUUCCAGUGAGGCUUUGUCGCACAACAUGUCAAGCAACACAAGUGACUCCAUAAUAUUUGCAGAGCCUUCAAAUCAUUCCAAUGCGCAGGUCUCCAGAUCAAUAGAAUCGGAAAAUAACGCUUUAUCCAGGUUCACAGGACUAAAUGCACAAGUGUCUUCUGAGCCAUCCUCACAGAGUUCACAAGAAAAGCAGAGUUCUGCCAAAGACCCAAGCUUCGAAAACGCUGCAAGUAACACGGCGUCCUCCUCCAGAUUUACAACCGAUUUUGAUGACAUUACGGCUCUUGGUAAAGGAGGCUUUGGCCGGGUUUACAAAGCAAGAGAGAAGCUUCUGGGAAAAUACUGCGCCAUAAAGAUCGUGCGUGCUAAAAAAAAAGCUCUGCGUGAGGUGCAAGCGUUAUCAGAUCUCUAUCACAGAAACAUUGUUUUGUAUCGCGAUUGUUGGAUGGAAGAUUCAAAAUACAACGAUGGGACGGCAGCGGACAACUCCAGCCAUUCUGAUGAUUCACCUCCACAGUACCUCUAUAUCAAGAUGGAACUAUAUGACAAGACGCUCAGCGAUUGGAUCGACAAUAUGAACGAGAGUAAUACGUCACACUUCAAGAGAAGAGAGGAAAGUCUGCCAGUCGCUCGACAAAUUGUCUAUGGAGUUGACUACAUCCAUUCCCAAAACCUCAUCCACAGAGACCUUAAGCCUCUUAAUAUCAUGUUUGGACAAGGAGGAGAGGUGAAGAUUGGAGACUUUGGUUUGGUCACUGCUGAGGCCGCCGACGACGACAAAAUCAUGAAGAGGACCAUAACAGGAACCCGGCUGUACAUGGCCCCGGAACAGCUUACAAAAAACACUUACGACCAGAAAGUGGACAUGUUUGCCUUGGGUCUGAUAUUUUUGGAACUCCUUUGGAAAUUGUCUGCUGGCAAUGGAAGAAAACAGAUUUGGAACGAUGUAAGAAAUCAGAAGUUACCUAAGGAGUUUUCUGCGAAAUUCCGAGAGGAGAGUGCGAUGAUUUAUUCGCUGCUCUGUGAGAAGCCAGAGGACCGGCCCAAAGCGAGCGAUCUGAAAUCGUCGCUGGAAAAACUGAAUGAGUUAUUUGGCCCAGAAAGAAUCAUGUGUCAAGACAAUGCAACUGUGUGAUUGUUGCAAAAAAAGAGCUGGUGAUAAGGAGCCGGGUCAUGCUUUAGCAUUUUGAUGUCUGUUACUUCAUGUAAGGAUUACUUUCUUGUGGGAUGAGAGUCAUGAAACAUGAAAUCAAACUAUGAGGAUUUUAAAAGAGAUAAUAAUUCACAUUUUCAGUUCUUUUACGUUGUUGAUUCAUAUCUGUCAUCCGUCGGUCAGCUCAUCAGCUGUCAAUUCUGCAUUUUACUUCCGUGUGUCAAGAGUUUUGUUUGUCACAAGUACAGUCAUGCACAGUAUAACAUGCAAUGAAAUGUAUUUAGUACCGAUUCCAGACCUGAGCAAGAAUGAUAAGAAUGACGAUUAAGACAUACCAUGAGUAUCUACAAAAAACGAGAAUCAUGAGGUAUCAUCAGACAAGUUAUCAACAGUAUCAUGUCAUGUCACCUUUUGCGCAUAAAGUCUUUGGUAAUGUCAGUUUUUUCAGGGUUUCGUUUACUUUCAAUGCUGGAGGUACUGUAUGUGUCAUUACAGCUGCAAUAUCAAAACUAAUGAAUGUGAGACAUUGAAAGAGGGGUCAUUUAGUACUGUCAGUUUGUGAUGUUUGGGCAAACUAUUGUAUCAUUUAACCUGAAAAGGGGGAAAAAAAUCUUUCUGUUGAAUCAAAACACAUUGAAAAAUAUUCAUGAUAAAAUUGACUUCUUGUUUUGAACGAU